AUGAUUAGGGUACCUACACAUUAUUAUAAAGUUAUUCUUGCUGUUAAUAGGAGGGCUAAGGGUAAAUGUGCUGGGGGGCCCCCUAGCGGACCACCACCAUCACCAGGAGCAGCAGCAGCGUCAGGGGGCCCCACACCUGAAGUGUCUCCUCCUGGUGCUACUGCUGCUGAUGGUGGUGGUACUGUCUCCUCUCCUGUAGAGGAGACACCUAGGGAUGGAGAAGACGGCAGCAGCAGCAGCAGCAGCCCAACACCUAGCGGCAGUACAUUAAGCGGCAGCACCUGGACGGACAGCAGCGGCGGCGGCAGCAGCAGCGACGAGUCUCCUCCUCCUCCCCCUUUUGCUCCUGUUGUCUUAGGCUCCUUUCUUAUACCUAAUAAGCGUCUCCCUUCCUCUAUCUCCUUAGAUGGUCUCCGUGUCCCUCUUUCCUUCUUAGAGACUACAGGAGCUGCAGAUUUCUCUGUACGUAUAAAUAAAUAA